GUCUGCUCCCUUCGACCCUCUUGUAAAAUCAUAAUCAUACAGACAAGAAUUCUGUAUACUAAAAUAUAUAUAUACUUAAAUAUACGUUGCCGUUUACAAAACGUCGAAAGCUUGCCCUGAUUGCUUGUUUGUGAUGAUCAACUUGUGUGUGUAUAAUAUAAAAAAAAAAUGGGUGAGAUUGUCUCAUAAUUUUCAUCCAACAAUAUCAUUAACGUCUUCAUUAUUAAUUUUAUUAUUGUGUUAUCGCAAUCAUGAUCAUAAUUAUCAGUAGCAUCUGUAAAAUUAGCAAAUACUGACAUAGACACUUAGACAUCGUAUACAAAAUAUAACAACUGAGAUAACUUUCUCAGCUGGUAUAAUGUUACAAGAAUAUUUUACAAGUUAUCAAGAGACUGUCGAAAAUUCGUACCCGAUGACGGCGAAUAUUCGUCACAAACAUUAAAUAAUUAUUAUUUGUCGAGCUUUAAUUGCUUUAGUGACAAUCAACUUGGAGUUCAUUAUUUUUCAUAUAGAUGGUGUCCUCGAUUAGAGGUUUUCACAGAAAUAGCAAUGAAUGAGACGAGCAAAGAAUAUAUUCUGCAGUGGUCAGGCCAUGCCGCGAGCAUCACGGAGAGAUUUAGUGGUUUAUUAGCUAAACAAGCACUUGUGGAUGUUACUUUAAUUUGUCAAGAACAAAAAUUACGUGUACAUAAAUUAGUACUGGCUUCAUGUAGUUUUUAUUUUGAGGAAAUGCUGGAGCAAGAUUUAGGUCAAGAGCCAAUAAUAUUGUUGAAAGACUUGGACUUUGAUAUUCUUAAAGCGAUGGUUGAAUUUAUGUAUUGUGGGGAAACUACAAUAGCUCAUUGCCAUUUAAAACCAUUGUUAGAAGCUGCACAUGUUUUUAAAGUAAAAGAUCUCGAGUCAAUUGUCAAAUGUAUGAUGUCAACAAAAAAUUAUAUCGAUGAUACCGAUAAAUCAUCAAAAUCAGACAAAGAUUUAAGUGACACUGUUAGUCCAAUUCGUAAUUGCGUUCAAGUUAAAUUGAGCGGCAGAGAAUCUACUGAAAAGUCAUCAACUGAAUCAUCCGACAAUAAGAUUUCAAAAUCUGAUCAACCAGCGGAACUAGAGCACACACCGCCAGAAUUAAAACAAACAUCAGUAGAAUUAGGACAUCCAACCCUAGAUAAUGAACAUGAAGCUGCAAUAUUUUACGAUAUGAUUGAAAGUACAAACGAAUUAGCCACCCGAUCAAAUGAAAAUCAGUCAAAAAAUCAUUUCCAACGUAACGUUAGUAAUUUAAAAAAUUUUAGCCUACUAAAUAAUAAAACGAAUGGUGACAAUCAGCCACAAUUAGCGAAUAAUAAUACAAUUUUAAAUGAUUUAUCAACUAAUACCGAUAAAGAACAUGAAAAAACUUGUUCGCAUAAAAACAAAAAUUUAGAAAGUAAUUUAGAUUUAUCAGACCUUCCUAGUAGAGUCGGCGAGUGUUCAAAAGUUUAUACGUACAAAAAACGAAAAUUAACGGAUUGUAGAAAAACUGCGUUACUGAAUACAUCUGAUUUAUUGACUAGAUCACAGCCAACUGAUUGUAUAGAUUUGUCAGAUGAUUUAUCCUGUGAUACAACACCGAUUACCCUACCGUCCUUAGCUUUAGAUAUGAACGCAACAGACAAAGUUUGGAGUUUAAAUACCGAUAACAUUCAUUAUAUAAUAGGUAAUACAGUAAAUCAAACUAAUGCAUUGAUAAGAGAUCGACAGAGAAUUAUUUACGAAGAAAUAGACGGGGAGAAAUCGAUUAUUCCCAAUCACAAAAGCAUACGUCAGAUUAAAGAAUUAUUUUCCGUCGACAAUGACAACAUUUCUAUGGGACGAACCCCAAUAUUGAGACGAAGUGUUCGUCUUAAUCAACUAGAAACUGAUGAUUCUGUUAAUAAUAAUCAUAGUAAUAAUAACAACAAUAAUAAUAAUGAGGAAACUCAAAAGAUUAAGGACAAACAUAACGUAUUUAAGAGCUUGAGUAAAUCAUUAACUAAAAGUAAACGCAAAAAAGAAUCAUCAACUAAUGGUAGCGUACCCGAUGAAAAUACUGUGUCGAAAAAAAGUGUAAAUAAUAAUUCCCGGUCUCGAAAUAAUAAACUUACGUCUAAGAGUGCUGGUAGUUCUCGUCGUUUGUCAAAAAUAAAAGACGAAAAGUCACGGAGUAAAUUUAAGAAAACUGUAAAGAUGACAAAGAUCGAAUCUUUGGAUACUGAUGGAUGUUCUCCGGUUAAAUUAAAUACUAUUGCGACAGUAGAACGUGCGUUGUGGGGUGACAUGUCUGAUGUUAUGGAAAAUCAUGAGACUGCGACGAUGAUACCUGAGUAUUCGAUGAGCAAAGAGAUACCUUUCGCUGUGGGUUUGCUGCCACUUCAUGCGGCGUUGGAGAGGAUGCAAGCAAUGCCGGAUUAUCAGCCACGAAAAACGAGAUCAUCUUUUGCUACUCCUAUGAAACAUGAAGCUAAUUGUCUUAAACGUAAAGCUGGUGCUGUUGGUGGAGCUGCUGCUAUUAGUAAUAAUCCUACUACUACUACUACUACUACUACUACUGAUUAUGAAACUACUAGUAACAAAAAACAAUCUAGCCUUGAACAAAUUGUUGAUAAUACAUCUAGUACUUUUUGCCAUAUAAAAAUUCAAACGUCUUCCCAAUGUAGUUCUCAAAGUUGCGACAAUUCCACGACGGAUCAUUUGGUUACAAUCGAAUCGAAUUUUCAUAAACGAUGACAGCAUUGUAAUAUUCGUAAAAUGAAAUUAUUUUUACUAUAUAAAUAUAAAUAUAUAUUUUAUUUUUUUAAUCAUUAAAAAAUGUUUGUAAAGAUGUAUUAUAAAAAACAAAAUAUGAAACAGUGAGGGAAAAAAGAUAAAAAUUUAUUAAAAAAUUUUUUAUUUGGUUACUUAUAUUUUUGUAACUAUAUUAAGAUAUUUAAAAUAUACAUACUUUUUUUGUAAAUUUAAAUGUUUAAAAUUUUUUAAUUUGUUGAAUAUAAAAUCACGGUUAUGAAAAUUUUCUAUUUAUUUUUUUACGUUUAAAACUGUAAAUUUAAUGACAGU